GCAUUCUCCGACACGGGUUUCUUGCACGCCGCACCAGAUAAACGAGGCGAUUUUUUCAGCGUUGUUCUCAUCGUACACCCUUGACCUCGAACGGCGAUGUUCUCCUCUUUGCUGGGCUCCCUUGCGCUCUUGGUACCAUUGACGUUUGCUCAAUCGAGCGCAAAUACGAGUUAUGCACCCACCGAUGCCUACCGUCUCGGUCCUUCAAACGCCGCGUGUACACUUCAGACGUACAAUGUGACGGUGACGAGCAACAACACGGUUUUCACAAACGUGAACAGUUAUGCGAACGAGACCUACCUUACGGCCGUAUGGCAAACGUUCCUCGCGACGUUCCCGUACGGAGACAACUUCACCGAAGGCUACACUACCGGUUACCAAGAAGUGACCAACACGUACGCCAUCGCUGGUACCCUCUGCACGCCUCUUUCAGGAGCAAACACGACCGGCGUCCAGAUACUGUUGCACGGAAUUGGAUUUGACUCCAGCUACUGGGACUUCACCGCCGAUGGCACCAACACCUACAGCUACGUCUACUCCGCCGCAGCCGCCGGGCACUCCACCUUCCGGUACGACCGCCUCGGUACCGGCCUCUCCGAGAAGCCCACGGACGGAUACAACGUCGUGCAGAAGUCGACCGACAUCGCGAUCGCCGCCAAGCUCGCGGAGAUGCUCCGCGAAGGCGGCGCCAUCGUAGGUUCCCCGACCGGCGGGUACGACAAGGUCGUCAUGGUAGGCCACAGCUACGGGUCGCUCACAGCGCAGGGCGUCACGGUUCUCUCGCCUUCUGCGGUCGACGGCGCGCUGUUGACGGGGUACUCGGCCAACAGCACUGCUGUGCCCCUAUUCUUUGCUGCCUCCGGUUUCGCGAGUGCCUCGGUCGUCAUGCCUGAUCGAUACAAUGCGGCCGAGGUCAGCAACUCGUACCUCGUUACUGUCGGGGCAUGGAACAACCAGCUGCUGUACUGGUACUUCCCGUACUACGAUAGCGCGCUGUACAACUACGCACGCGCGUUCGAGCAACCCGCAACGCAAGGUGUCCUUCUCACGCUGGGCUACAACAUCACAGCGGCACCCGCGUUUACUGGUGCUGUUUCCGUGAUCAGCGGUGCAUAUGACUUCCCCUUCUGCCAAGCAAACUGCUACGCCGUUCCCGCAGGAUCGAACUUCACCAACACCCUCGAGGGUGUGCAGGCGCUCUACCCCGCCGCGAGCAGCUUCAGCACGUACGUCGUGCCUGACGCCGGGCACGUCUGGCACCUGCAGUACUCUGGCCCGACGGCAUACCAGGAGAUGAUCCAGUUCGCCGAGCGUGUGUUCGCCGCCUGAUCGAACGGCGAAGUUUAGAUUCCACCCGGUUCUACCCACCUUCCAUGCCAUGCCCGUGCUAUAGACCAAUAGGCGCGGGCGGUCUGAUAGAAACCCUUUGUUCACAUUUGUCCUUGUCGAAUGACAC